AUGCCCUCUAACGGGUCCACCCUCAUGCCUCAUAGGCCCGGCUCUCCCCCACAGCUUCCCAGCCGUCCGACUUCCUCCCUCUCACGGUCCAACGCAACCAAGUCCCGUUGCAUACGAGACCACGAGCUGCACCCGCUCCGCCAACAUCCGCCGAGCAUCGGAAGCUCCACAUCUACCCUUGCAGCCAACGACUUCGAGGACAUCGUCCUUGCUCCGCCUGCAGCCCUUGCGUCUCGACACACAUCUUAUUGUCCGGAGCCACCAAGCCCUCUAGAAGACUUCAGCUCGGCGCCUCGAGGUCAUCAGCGAAGCUUGACGGGUACUUUCCUAGAGAACUGCAGGCCAUUGGUAUCUAGGGCCACCUCGACUAUCCAGCAGACAGCCACUCGCAACUCCUUGCACUCUCCGACGAAGUCUCUCGCCAGCUUCCUCCCUUCCAGAAACUACACCUCAGACGACGAGACAUUUGUCCAGACCAAGUCCCGAAACUCCAAGAUCUUCAGCGACUGGUUCAGCCUCAACGGCAGCUCCGCUCCCGUGAGCAUUGGCUUCGCAUCUCCUUCGCCGAAGAAGGAGCGCCGUGACCCAGUCCUCUCAGAAUCGCCAGCAGACAGCGACGACAGCGAGGACGAGAUGGACAUCAUCAACCAUAUGUCCACGCGGCCGUCUCCGAAGCUCACGCGCAACUCUACAUCCCAAUCCUCAGCCACCACACAGUCUACGCCUUCCAAGUUCUCAUGGCUUACGAAGUCCCUCGCCUCAACCGCUUCACCCCGCCCUGUCCGCACUAAUUCCAUUCCCUCACCGACAGAAUCGCAGGACGAACUGCUCAGCAUGGACGUGAACCAAGCUCUCUUCCCCACCGGCCCCGUUGACCCCCUUAACCCCUGUUCUUUCAACGACCUCCUCACCAAUGCCGAACAAAUCAUCUCCCGCCUUCAAUCCGCCUACAGGGGAAAGUGUACAGCCCUCGCCGACGCGCGGAGAGAGAGGGAGGCAGAGCAAGACGAGCUCGAGGAAUCAGAGACCCGUUCUAGGCAUCUGAAGAUGCAGCUCGACUCCCUCUCCGCGCGAGCCGUCGAGCAAGAGCGCGAGAUGCAAGUCCUAGUGAACCAAUUCUCACAGGAGCGGCAACGCCGGUACGAAGAAGAUGAGGCGAGACAGCGGACUAUUCGGCGGGUCUAUGAGCCGGCACUUUCACUCGAGGGGCACGUCGAGGACGACGACACGCCCAAACCACUCAGAGUCAGGCAGAAGAGAACCAGCGAAGCAAGCUGCAGCACCACAACUUCGGAUUCGGGCUUUGAAAGCGAGUGCGAGAGCAACAACGCCGAGUCUGUCUUCUCCAGGCCGUCAGGGGCCAUGAGUCCAACCGGCACGACGCUGACGGCCUUUUCCGAGGAGCCGGAAGUGGCGGUUGCGGAGCGGGUCGCUAUGACGAGGCCGCCGUAUGCGGCGAUGAAGCGGGGUGGGAGUGAUGAGAGUGGCGCGUGGGCGGCUGCCCGGACGUUUAGGGAGGAGAAUGACGCGCUGAGGGUGAGGGUUGCGGAAUUGGAGAGGGCGGUUGAGGGGGCGCUGGAGUUGGUGGGUGGCUUGGCAUGA